AGGGAGUGUAAACAGAGAGGUGAAGCAGAUGGAGGAAGGGACUGAGCGAAGCACAGAGACACACUUCUGGGAUAUACAUACAUAGAUUUGAGUAUUUACGGCAGGAGGCAGCAAGAAAAAAUAUUUCCAUCGAAGCUUUUCGUUUUGAUUCCGUUCUGGGGGAGACUGAGAUAUUGUUUCAAAGGAACUUAAAACUGAUUCAGUUUUUCCAACAAGUUGCCUCCUCUCGUCGUCAUGAGGUCGCUGGUCCUGGCCUUGGCCGUCUUCUGCCUGAUGUGCUGCAGCGCAGCGCGUCCAGAGAGACGGCGUCCCAAACUGGUCACGGUCAAACGGCGAAACGACACAACCAUCCAGAACAACACACCGGAGAAUCCGUGUAAAGCCACGCCGCUGGAUUUCGUCUUCGUCAUCGACAGCUCCAGGAGCAUCCGGCCCGAAGACUACGACAAGGUCAAGACCUUCAUCGUCAACCUGCUGCAAUUUCUCGACGUUGGCCCCAAUGCCACCCGCGUGGGGUUGCUGCAGUAUGGCAGCGUGGUCCAGCCUGAGUUCUCUCUCAACACCUACACCUCCAAAGCCCAGGUGGAGGAGGCUGUGAGAAACAUGCGGCAUCUGGCCACCGGCACCAUGACCGGCUUGGCCAUCCAGUACACUAUGGAGGUAGAGCUCACUGAGGAGCAGGGGGCCCGACCGAAGAGCCUGCAAAUCCCACGGAUCGCUAUGAUCGUGACGGACGGGAGACCUCAGGACACUGUGGAGGAGAUCGCGGCUGAAGCGAGGGAGGCCGGCAUCCAGAUUUUUGCUAUCGGAGUGGGACGGGUGGAGAUGAAGACCCUGAAGGCCAUAGGAAGCGAGCCCCACUCUGAGCACGUCCACCUGGUGGCCAAUUUUAGUCAGAUAGAAACCCUGAUCUCAGUGUUCAAGUCCAAGCUGUGUGGAGGCGCAGACAUGUGCAAGGUGGUGGAGCAUCAGUGCCAGCACCUAUGUGUGAGCAGUCCCGCCUCCUACAGGUGCAGGUGCAGGAAAGGCUUCACUCUCAACCCGGAUGGGAAGACGUGUAAAGCUGAGGAUACGUGCGCCGCGGUGGACCACGGCUGUGAUCACAUCUGUGUCAACCUGGCUGAUGGCUAUGAGUGUCGCUGUCGUCCAGGAUAUGAGCUCACCAUUGACCUGAAGACAUGCAACAGAAUAGAUUACUGUGACCUGGGAAACCACGGCUGUGAGCACAACUGUGUCAGCUUACCGGGAUCCUACAUCUGCAGCUGUAAGAAAGGCUUCGUCCUGAACGCAGACGGAAAGACUUGCAGCCAGAUUGAUCACUGCGCUGCUGGAAGCCACGGGUGUGAACAGGAGUUUAUGAACACAGAAACCUCCUGUGUGUGUAAAUGCACAAACGGCUACACACUCAGGUCAGACGGGAAAACCUGCCAAAAGGUGGAUCCCUGUGCUGACGGCAGCCAUGGCUGUGAACAGGAGUUUGUGAGCGCCGGAGACUCGUGUGUGUGUCGAUGCAGGAAAGGCUUCACACUCAGACCGGAUGGGAAAACUUGUAAAAAGGUGGAUCCCUGUGCUGACGGCAGCCAUGGCUGUGAACAGGAGUUUGUGAGCGCCGGAGACUCGUGUGUGUGUCGAUGCAGGAAAGGCUUCACACUCAGACCAGACGGGAAAACUUGUAAAAAGGUGGAUCCCUGUGCUGACGGCAGCCAUGGCUGUGAACAGGAGUUUGUGAGCGCCGGAGACUCGUGUGUGUGUCGAUGCAGGAAAGGCUUCACACUCAGACCAGAUGGGAAAACUUGUAAAAGUGUUGAUCUGUGUCAAACUCUGGACCACGGCUGCGAACAUCUGUGUGUCAGCACCACCGACUCCUACAUCUGUAAAUGUAACGAGGGAUUCCUGCUGGCUGAAAAUGGGAAAAGCUGUGGAAAACCAGGGUGUCACGACGGAGUCAUGGAUUUGGUGUUCGUGAUCGACGGCUCCAAGAGUUUGGGCCCCGCCAACUUUGAGCUGGUCAAGCAGUUCGUGAACAGCAUCGUGGACUCGCUGGACGUCUCCAGGACGGCCACGCGCGUCGGACUCAUCCAGUUCUCCACCAAGGUGCGCACAGAGUUCUCUCUGGGCCAGCACGCCGCGGCGCAGGACGUCAAGCGGGCCGUGAGCCAGAUGCAGUACAUGGGGAGGGGCUCCAUGACCGGCUCGGCGCUGCGCCACAUGUUCCAGUUCAGCUUUUCGGAGAAAGAAGGCGCCAGGUUGAACGUCCCACGCGUCUGCGUCGUGUUCACCGACGGAAGGUCGCAGGAUGAUGUCUCCGAGUGGGCCAGCAAAGCAAAGACCUCGGGGGUGACGAUAUACGCGCUGGGCGUUGGGAAGGCCAUUGAACAGGAGCUGAGGGAAAUCGCUUCGGCGCCUGCUGAGAUGCACCUCUAUUACGCGGAGGACUUUGAGAAAAUGGGAGAAAUUACAAAGAAGCUGAAGUCAAGGAUGUGUAAAGACAAACCGGCAGAUGAAAGCUUGUGUCGGUGUGAGAGCUUGAUCAUGUUUCAGAGCCAAGUGACAGAGAAGCUGAAGAACCUGGCUCAGAGUAUUGAAGAGAUGUCAAAGAAGCUGGAGACUCUGGAGAAUCAAGUGGCGAACAAAUGAAAUUCUGGCGCUGCCUGGUCCUGACGGGAUCGUCCUCAACUGUUGAUGCAGUUUAUCGUCUUACAGUACAAUGUGACGUUUUUCCAUUAGGUGGUUCUGUUUCACAUCCUAUAUCUCAGCAUAUCUGUAUACAUUAGCUCAAAUAGACACCUUGUCUUCUAAUGAAACAAGCCUUUCAAAAUGCAAAGCUGCAAUAGGUGGAAGUUUAUAUAUUUAGAUGAAAUCAAGUUUUAUUUUGAAAUCUUUUCAAAAUUUCAUUUUGGUCCUUCUAAUGGCCGCCCAUUUGCUGCAAAGAUUACUUAAAAUGCAAAGUUCUAUCAGAUGCACAGGAAGCUAUAUGAGCUAUAAAAACUUAACGUGAGAUAUUUCAAUUCAGACACAUGAAAAAUACAAAAUCUAUUCAUUGAUUCUACUUUACUAAUAAGUCUAAAUCUGCACAAGAUAUAAAAAACACAAAAGCAUCUCCAAUUUUGUGUUCUGGUUAAUAUUACACUGACCUCCCAAACGGGAUGAAAACAGCAUUAAUUUGGUAUUCAAUAUGCCCAGAUGACAUUGACUAACAACUGUGUAGAAUUUUUAUGGGAUCUUUUUAGCCAUCAUUAUCAAUGGAGGCUCAAUCUGCACAAAACCAAACACACUAAGGUGGAUCCAAAGUCCAGGAAAUUCUCUUUUUGUGUGGUUUCACAAAUAAAACAUGUUCAUGCAAUCUGUUUUAAAAAUCUGACCGGUCCAUUAGUUUUGGAUUGGAGAUGUUUAAAAGUUGUCCAAAGUCCAGAAGCAUAUUUAUGCAGCUCCUUAUUUUAGCAGAGAACCAAAAGCUUCAAGUCAGACACCAACUUCAGCUCAUCAGCCACCAAUGUAUUUUACAGCGGUGUUCAAUGUGUGGCCCCAGGGGGCCAGUUGUGGCUUUGUCAUAUUUUGGAUCUUCACUCAUAUACACAUUUCAUUAAAAAAAUUGUUUAUUGUUGAGCAGGUGAAACAAAAACAAAAAAAUGUAAACUAAUUUCUGCAUUUUCAUUUCAAUGAAUUUUGUGACCCAUCAGUUGUUAUCAGUUUUUGCCUCCUGGGGAUAAAGGUUUCAACACCACUGACUGGACAUGCAAUAAACACUAAAUCAGUGUUCUACUGAUCUAGUGUUAUGUUCUGUAGUCGUGUGUCAGAACAUAACACACGACUACAUUUGCUCCUCCCUCGUGCUGCCCCCCAAACCCAUGCCGCCCUGGGCAGAAAUCCAGGAAGUCAUGGUUUUUCAACUGAAGUGCUCUCCCACUUUAAACACUUUAUUUGUGAAGAAAGUCGACUAUAUUAUUGAAGAUUGUACAGCAUACUGAUGAAUAAACAUUUAAAUAGUUGAA